AUGGAUGCUGCUAAGUUGGGUGGUUCUGCACAUGAUUAUCCAUCUGAAAGUAUGGAUGUUGAUCCUGUGGAUACAUCUGAGAGAGAUGGACCACUGUCUUUUCAAUUGCAAAACAAAGAGAAGGUUGAGGAUUCCUUGAAGGGGAAAGCAGAAGUCAAUGAAAUUGUACAAGGCGAUGGGGACGUUGCGCUUCCAAUUGAGAAGGGGCCUGAAAGUAUAUCAGAAAGCAAGGACCCCUUUCAGGUUGCUGCAGUUGCUUUGGAAGAUGUAUUAGAGGAAAAUACCUCUUUAUCCUUGCCAACGGAAGAUGAAAAGGUUGAAAUCUCAUCGGAGAGAAAAGAGGAACCGCAUGAUACUGAAUUUGGUGAUGGAAUGGAUGCUUCUCCGGCUGGUGGGGCUGGGCUUGGAAUGGUGCCAAGUGUCGAUGAACCUCAGUCUGCUAGUAUCGUACCUGAAGAGGUUUCCACUAUUGAUCAGUCCUCUCUCCUAGUGAAGAAUGAAGAGAAAGACGAGGACCCUGCUGAGGUGAGACUGGAUACUGAAGUAGGUGAUGGAAAGGAUGCUUCUCCGAUGGGUAGGGGUGUACCUGAAGAGGUGCCCAGUGUGGAUGAAUCUCGGUCUGCUAGUAUUGAACCUGAAGAUGUUUCCACAAUUGAUCAAGAGAAAGUUGAGGACCCUGCUGCGGUGAGACUAGAUACUGAAGUUGGUGAUGGGAAUGAUGCUUCUCCGGUUGGUGGCACUGUGCUUGAAGAGGUGCCAAGUGUGGAUGAAUCUCAGUCUGCUAGUAUUGAACCUGGAGAUGUUUCCACAAUUGAUCAGUCCUCUCUCCUAGAAAAGAAUGAAGAGAAAGUUGAGGACCCUGCCGAGGUGAGACUAGAUACUGAAGUUGGUGAUGGGAAUGAUGCUUGUCUGGUUGGUGGGGCUGUGCUUGAAGAGAUGCCAAGAGUGGAUGGAUCUCAGUCUGCUAGUAUUGAACCUGAAGAUGUUUCCACAAUUGAUCAGUUAUCUCUCCUAGGGAAGAACGAAGAGAAAGUUGAGGACCCUGACGAGGUGAGACUAGGUACUGAAGUGGGUGAUGGGAAGCAUGCUUCUCCAGUUGGUGGGGCUGUGCUUGAAGAGGUGCCCAGUGUGGAUGAAUCUCAGUCCGCUAGUAUUGAACCUGAAGAUGUUUCCACAAUUGAUCAGUCGUCUCUCCUAGGGAAGAAUGAAGAGAAAGUUGAGGACCCUGCUGAGGUGAGACUAGAUACUGAAGUGGGUGAUGGGAAGGAUGCUUCUCCAGUUGGGGCUGUGCUUGAAGAGGUGCCCAGUGUGGAUGAAUCUCAGUCUGCUAGUCUUGUACCUGAAGAUGUUUCCACAAUUGUUCAGUCUUCUCUCCUUGGGAAGAAUGAAGAGAAUGUUGAGGACCCCUCUGAGGUGAGAAUGGAAAUGUGUGGAACUAAUGAUGCGAGGGAUUCUUCUCAGCUUACUGAGGUGCUGGAAAAUGUACAGACUGGAGGUCAGUCACAGGUUACUGCAUCAUCGCCGGAACCCGAAAAUGCAUCUUUCCAGGUAGACGGCGAAGAGAAGGUCGAGGAUUUGUCUUUGGAGAGGAUGGAAGUUGAUGAAGAUAAACUUGGUGAUAGCAUUGAUGCCGGUGGGGAGCCCUCUGAGGUGAGAAUGGAAAUGUGUGGAACUGAUGAUGCGAGGGAUUCUUCUCAGCUUACGGAGGUGCUGGAAAAUGUACAGACUGGAGGUCAGUCACAGGUUGCUGCAUCGUUGCUGGAACCCAAAAAUGCAUCUUUCCAGGUAGACGGCCAAGAGAAGGUUGAGGAUUUGUCUUUGGAGAAGAUGGAAGUUGAUGAAGAUAAACUUGGUGAUGGCAUUGAUGCCGGUGCGGAGCCCUCUGAGGUGAGAAUGGAAAUGUGUGGAACUGAUUAUGUGAGGGAUUCUUCUCAGCUUACUGAGGUGCUGGAAAAUGUACAGACUGGAGGUCAGUCACAGGUUGCUGCAUCGUCGCCAGAAUCCGAAAAUGCAUCUUUCCAGGUAGACGGCGAAGGGAAGGUCGAGGAUUUGUCUUUGGAGAAGAUGGAAGUUGAUGAAGAUAAACUUGGUGAUGGAAUUGAUGCUGGUGGGACUGCUCCUGAAAGUGCAUCAGAAAGGUUGGGUCAUUUUCAGGAUGUUGGAACUUUGACUGAAGACUCAUCAGAAAUGAACCCACCUCCAUCUUCUGCCGAUGCAAACGAUGAGUCGGCUGCUGAUGGAAAUGUGCCUGUGCCUGAAGACUUGUCAAACCCACCUCCAUCUUCUGCCGAUGCAAACAAUGAGUCAGUUGCUGAUGGAGCUGUGCCUGUGCUUGAAGACUCGUCAGAAAGGAACCCACCUCCAUCUUCUGGCGAUGCAAAUGACAAGUUGUUUGCUGAUGGAACUGUGGCUGUGCCUGGAGGCUCAUCAGAUAAGAACCCACCUCCAUCUUCUGCCGAUGCAAUUGACGAGUGUCUUGCUGAUGGAACUGUGGCUGUGCCUGGAGGCUCAUCAGAUAAGAACCCACCUCCAUCUUCUUCCGGUGCAAACGAUGAGCCGGUAGAGGAGGAAGUUACCGAGGAAAAUCCACUUUCUGAUAACACAGGAGUAAGGAGUGAACUGGAGUCGCAGUGA